CCGGAAGAAGCUGUCUCGUAGCAUCACAGGGCGGAGCGGGCCAACCUGGAAGCUGAGUAGUGCUUUGGUCGCGUUCUGUCGUUGGAAAUUAAGAGCGUUUUUAAAAAUGUAGCUGAAGGGUAUAUUGAAGACGUCUGAUCGGAUAAACGAAUAACAACCGAGAGAAAAGGGUUUAACAACAUCGUUACAUCUUCAUUUCAUAAGUGACCCCUGGUAGAGCAGAAGGCCCAGCCGAGAGCAGACCAGAGCAGGGGAGAUGUCUCCAGCGGGGGCCAACGGCGACUGUCCUCACCUGGAGUGCGUGGGUGAGAUCACCAAGGAGGAGCUCAUCCAGAAGUCUCAUGGCCAGUGCCUGGACUGUAAAGUCAGUGGACCAAACUUGUGGGCUUGUUUGGAGAACGGCUGCGCGUAUGUGGGCUGUGGGGAGUCCCAUGCUGACCACAGCACUGUCCACUCUCAGGACACACGACACAACUUGACGGUGAACCUCACCACGCUGCGGGUGUGGUGCUAUGCCUGUGGAAAAGAGGUCUUCCUGGACCGAAAGCUGGGCCCUCGAUCCCCGCCCCCCGCCAGCAAACCGCACUCCCCGCUGCAGCCCGCUGCCCAGGACGCCAAGGCCCCCGGGAGCCCCGCCGCGCUCCGGGCCCCCCCCGCGGCCGCCUUCGAUGACCUGGACAUGGAGAUGGAGGAGGAGGACGAGUUCCGCACGCGAGGCCUGACGGGACUGAAGAACAUCGGGAACACGUGCUACAUGAACGCAGCCCUGCAGGCCCUGUCCAACUGCCCACCCCUGACCCAGUUUUUCAUAGACUGCGGGGGCCUGGUGCGGACGGACAAGAAGCCGGCCCUCUGCAAGAGCUAUCAGAAGCUGGUGUCCGACCUCUGGCACAAGAACAGGCCCGGCUACGUCGUCCCCACAAAUCUGUUCCAGGGCAUAAAAGCGGUCAACCCGAUGUUCCGCGGAUACUCCCAGCAGGAUUCCCAGGAGUUCUUGCGCUGCCUGAUGGACCAGCUGCACGAGGAACUGAAGGAGCCGGUGGUGGAGCCCGAAGACCAUUCGCACGCCAUCACCAUCGAUGACACCGUGGAGGACGACAAGAGCCAGUCGGAUAACGACUUCCAGUCGUGCGAGUCGUGCGGCAGCAGCGACCGGGCGGACAGCGAGGCCCCGCGGGCCCAGGACGACGCCAACGAGGCGGACAUGCUGAUCCCGGACGAGGCCCAGGCCAACCGCGACUGGCAGAAGGAGAAGAACCUCAUCAACAACCUGUACCGCGCCGGCUCCAACCAGGACCUGGACAAGGACAUCGACACGGCCGCCGAGCCCACCCCCGUCAUCAGCAGCCAGGGGGCCGUCAAGGUGCAGAUCCAGAGCCGGCUGUCAGACUGCUACCCCGACGUCCAGGUCACCAGCACCUCCAGGCCGCACAGCCCCACCCCCAACGACGGGAUGAUCUCCAAAAUGUCCAGCAGCCCCCCCAAAACCAUCCCCAGCUGGCCCGGCAUCAGCUCCUCUCACAAGAAAGUGACCACGUUCGCACCGGCCAAGAACAAGGUGCAGAGGAGGUACCGCAGCGUGAUCUCGGACCUGUUCGACGGCACCAUCAUCAGCUCCGUGCAGUGCCUGACGUGCGACCGGGUGUCCGUUACCCUGGAGACCUUCCAGGACAUCUCGCUGCCCAUCCCGGGCAAGGAGGACCUGGCCAAGCUGCACUCCUCCUCCCACCCGACCGCUCUGGUGAAGGCGGGGUCCUGCGGCGAGGCCUACGCCCCCCAGGGCUGGAUCGCCUUCGUCAUGGAGUACAUCAAGAGCUGGUUUUGGGGCCCUGUGGUCACACUGCAGGACUGCCUGGCUGCUUUCUUUGCCCGAGAUGAGCUGAAGGGGGAUAACAUGUACAGCUGUGAGAAAUGCAAGAAGUUGCGGAAUGGAGUUAAGUUCUGCAAAGUGCAGUCCCUCCCAGAGAUCCUCUGCAUUCACUUGAAGAGGUUCAGACACGAGCUCAUGUUCUCCACCAAGAUCGGCACCCACGUCUCCUUCCCCCUGAGCGGCCUCGACCUGCAGCCCUUCCUGGCCAAGGAUAGCUCCGCCCAGACCACCAGCUACGACCUGCUGUCCGUCAUCUGUCACCAUGGCACCGCCAGCAGCGGCCAUUACAUCGCGUACUGCAGGAACGACCUCAACAACCUGUGGUACGAGUUUGAUGACCAGAGCGUGACCGAGGUGCCCGAGUCCUGCGUUCAGAAUGCAGAGGCCUACGUUCUCUUCUACAAGAAGAGCAAGGAGGACGCUCAGAAGGAGAGGCGCCGGGUCUCCAGCCUGCUCAACAUGAUGGAGCCCAGCCUGCUGCAGUUCUACAUCUCCCGCCAGUGGCUCAACAAGUUCAAGACCUUCGCCGAGCCCGGCCCCAUCUCCAACCACGACUUCCUGUGCCCUCACGGAGGUGUCCCACCACACAAAGCCGCGUACAUCGACGACCUGGUGCUGAUGCUCCCGCAGAACGUGUGGGACCACCUGUACAGCAGGUACGGCGGAGGGCCGGCUGUCAAUCAUCUCUACAUUUGUCACACCUGCCAGACGGAGAUCGAGAAGCUGGAGAAGAGACGGAAGGUGGAGCUGGACAUGUUUGUUCGGCUGAACAAGGCCUUCCAGGAGGAGGAGUCCCCAGCGGUCAUCUACUGCAUCAGCAUGCAGUGGUUCCGCGAGUGGGAGGCCUUCGUCAAGGGCAAGGACAACGAUCCCCCUGGACCAAUUGAUAACACGAAGAUUGCGAUCAACAAGAACGGGCAUCUGACGCUCAAACAAGGGGCGGAUUCGGGACAGAUCUCCGAGGAAACGUGGAACUUUUUGCAUUCGAUCCACGGGGGCGGCCCGGUGGUGACCGUUCGCCCCAGCGUCGGGCACCAGGAACCGGAGGCCUCCCAGGCAGAAGAGAAGGUGGAGGUGGAGACCCGCUCGAUUUAAGGCCCUACCCCCAGCUGAAAAUAAGAACGGAUUCCCUUUUAUUUUGCACUUGACUAUUUAUAAUGCAUCUGAGCAACAAGUACCCACCCUCACAGUUUAAAUGGCACAGUUUUGACAACUGAUGGAAGGCAUAAAACAGAUCACACAUGAAGAACUUUGUACAUAUAUUAAAUUUGUGUUGACUGAGGACCACAAAAAAUGUCCCAUGAAUUUUAUUUUCUUGCGUGCAGCUGAAGAUGUUACUGAAAGAGGUGUUGUUCUUUUGCUGACCAAAAUGGAGCAAAUGUCAACAUGUGUAAUUACAGAACAUAUUAAAGAAUAACAAUACAUGUUAGACAUUGUAGGGGUGAUCAUCAUACCCAUUCAAUAAAAUUGUCCUUGUGAAUGGUUAAAAAACCUGUUGUUUUUCUCAACAAUGUCUCAAACUCAAAAGGUUAUCAAGGGAUAUUAAGUACUAGGUAGUCUCAGGAAGGGUUCUUAUUUUGCACUGUACUGUAGACUUAAAAGCAGCAUGCUCACAAGACUGAUGCCUGAUUCACUUUUGAAUGUACCAGUACUAAAAAAAAAAAAAGUUUGUUGAGUCCCUCCGUUCGUUCUGUUAUUUAUCCCAGAAGGGUGAGAUUUAAUAUGUUGUUUAUAGAUUUUUUUUGUAGGAAUGUUUGGCAACCAGUGAACCUAUGGAAAGCAUGCUUAGAAGGAAGCUGUACACACGUGAGAGAGGUGAAUUUAAACAAGACCCUUACUUCCAGGAUUUAGUGGGUCUUACACUGAUUUGCAUGUAAAUGCAGCUAGCUUACAAAAUGUACUCCUCAGCAAACGUGUAACUGUCUUGUCUGUGAAACUAUAUGUAUGUUAUACAUAAUGACCUGUCCAGAUACAACCAAUUUCAUCAUUGCUAUCAAGUUAAGGCAUUUUAUGUAUAUGGGCAUGAUGUCUCUUCAGUGUUCAGAGGUGGUAAAGACAAUGUGAUGAAUGUUAUAACUGUAAUGGGAAAAAAACGCAAGUGAAUGCUUCAUAAAUGAUAAGUACAAUUUGUUCUGUUUUAGCUGGCUGACACUGUUAAACCUUAACCAGAUCUGAAAAUGUUUUUUUAAGUGUGACCAAACAAAAUUAAUAUGCUUUUUUCAAAUAAUUGUAUACCUGAAAUCUCGGUUGAAUCCUGGAAUACCUUGUGCAAGUAUGAGGUGUGAUGACUCUUCUGUUGCAAAUAAAUUACUGGAACCAUCUAA